ACGAUGAGGAGACGCUCAGCCUUGCAGUUGUGGUUCUUUCCAUGUUCAUCCACCUGAGCCCGGAUUUGGCCGCAUCGAUGCUUCUGGACAUCAUGCAGUCUGUGGGCAGGUUGGCAUCUAGCGCUAAUUUUUCUGGACAAGCUGAGAGUAUGCUGAUCCAGGGAACGUGGCAGGUGUAGCCAAGCAGUUCCUCCGCUGCAUGUUCCACCAGCUGGCCCCGAACGGCAUCUUACCCCAACUCUUCCAGAGUAACAUCAAAGAUAGAAGUUUUCUGAGGACACUUGCUUCUUCGUUGGUUGACUUUAAUGAACUGAGUUCAGUUGCCGCUCUCAACAUGCUGCUCGAGGGAUUAAAUAACAAGAAGAAUCUGCCAGCAGGAGGAACUAUGCUGCACUGCCUUGACAACAUUGCCACCUUCAUGGAGGCUCUCCCCAUGGACUCCCCCAGCAACCUAUGGACAACCAUCUGCAACCAGUUCCAGACUUUCCUCACCAAACUGCCCUCUGUGCUUCCUCUGAAGUGUCCCAUGGACUCCAGUUUGAGGAUCAUAAUUUGUCUUUUGAAAAUCCCCACCACAAAUGCAACGCGGAGUCUGUUAGAGGCCUUCUCCAAGCUGCUGAGCUUUGUCAUCCAGUACGGCAUGUUCAGUCUCUCCUACCUUGUGGAACUAUGUGGACUUUGUUAUAAGGCCUUCAAUAAGGAGAGAGAUAAGUUCUACAUGUCCCGCAUUGUGGUGUUAGAGCUUCUACAGGCUCUCAAGUUCAAGUCUUGUCUGCCAGAUACAAACUUGUUACUGCUCAUCCAGUUCGUCUGCGCAGAUAUCGGCACACGCCUGGCAGAAUCCACCAUCAUCCAAAAGCACAUGAUCUCAACGCUGCCGGGGUGCUCAACGGCUGCAAUGGAAUGCAUGAGGCAGUACAUCAGCGAGCUCCUCGACUUCAUCGCCGACAUGCACACGCUAACCAAACUCAAAAGCCACAUGAAGGCUUGCUGUCAACCGCUGCACGAGGACACCUUUGGGGGGAACCUGAAAGUGGGUUUGGCACAAGUUGCUGCCAUGGAAAUCAGCAAAGGCAAUCACCGUGAUAACAAAGCAGUGGUCCGUUAUCUACCCUGGCUUUAUCACCCUCCCUCCACCAUGCAACAAGGUCCAAAAGAAUUCAUUGAGUGCGUCUCCCACAUUCGUCAACUCUCUUGGCUUCUUCUGGGUUCCCUGACACACUGCGCCCUGCACCAGGGCUCCACCUCCUGCAUGCCCAUCCCUCUAGAUGCCGGCUCUCACAUCGCUGAUCAUCUUAUCGUCAUCCUCAUUGGUUUCCCAGAACAGUCAAAGACGUCGGUGCUGCACAUGUGCUCCCUGUUCCACGCCUUCAUGUUUGCCCAGCUGUGGACAAUCUACUGCGAGCAGGCAGCAGCUGCUCCGUCCUUGCAGAACCAGAACCAGACCGAGUUCUCCUCCAGUGCCAUCCUCACUGGCCUGGAAUUCUGGAGUCGUGUCACGCCGAGCAUCCUGCAGCUCAUGGCCCACAAUAAAGUGAUGGUGGAGAUGGUGUGUCUCCAUGUCAUCAGUCUGAUGGAAGCUCUGCAGGAGUGCAACUCAACCAUCUUUGUCAAGUUAAUUCCUAUGUGGCUCCCAAUGAUUCAGUCAAACCUCAAGCAUCUGUCUGCGGGGCUGCAGCUUCGUCUGCAGGCUAUUCAGAACAGAGUGAACCGCCAGAGCUUGCAGGGCCAGGCACCCGGCACGCCACCCUUCGCUCUGCGCAAAUGGCUGCAGUGCACCCAGUUCAAAAUGGCUCAGGUGGAGAUCCAGUCGUCUGAAGCUGCCUCGCAGUUCUACCCCAUGUGACCUCCUUGUUGCUCGCUGCCGUCUUAGCUCGGAGUUCUACAAAACAGACGCUGGCUGGGACUCGUGUGGACCGAACUGUUUUAUUACACAAGUCUAUGUACAGAAAAUCUGCUAUUUUAGAGUACAAUCACUGGAACUGUUAAAUACUUGGUAUGCUUGUGUGGGAUGAUUGUGCCAGGUGCCUAACUGUUGUUUUCAACAGAUCUCAAGGGUUGGUAGAUAACUAAGGGAACAUCUAUUGACCCAUGUUAGGAGCAGUGAGUCUAGAAACAAAUGCUUGUUGAAACUUACAUUGUAAAAAAGAAACGGUUGAGAACAUGUAAGUGCAGAUUUUUUUAGUUUACCGAACUUAAUGACAUUCAGUAUAUCUAUUUAUAUAACAAGGUUAAUGUGAAGGCGAGGUUAAAACAAUAUACUGAAUUUAAUGUUGUGAGUUAAUAUGAUUCACAAUUUUAAGUUGAUCAAACUCAACAUAUCACUAAAAGGACAAGUUAUC